UCGCCACCCGUUAUCAAAUAUCAUGACGAGUACUUCCGACGUUAGUUCCGCUGGACUUGGCACGGGUUGUCCAGGGAAAUCCACGGUCGAGUCGUUCCCCCAACCCGCAGUACAACUUCUAACUACCAACGAGACACCUUCGCGUUGAUCAUCCAAGUCACGAUGUUGGCCCUAAGUCCAGAGAAUCCCGUUACCCAGGCGGUGUAUCUGCGAACCCUACCCUCUAUCAGAGAGCGCUGCUCCCGAGUUCACGAUCUUGCAAAACAGGGUAAGCUGAAGUACUUCGACUAUCACCCGGAAAAGGAGGAUGCUGCGAUCGAAUUCUGUGCGGGUGUCAUCGAGAGAGACUUCGGGAACAACUUUUCAGCCAUCCCCUCGCAUGGACGCUGGCGCCACCUAGAUGCAGGCCAGCCUCGCAUCGAACCCAUGCUUCACAGCUGGGAUACGUCAGGCGCGCUACCUGUAGACGACAAAGAGAAGUGCAAACGCCUGAUCGAUUUGUUCCUCGUGUCUGUUCUGCUUGAUGCAGGGGCAGGAAACCAGUGGUCUUACACUGAAACGGCGACUGGUCAGACGUUCAGCCGGUCGGAAGGGCUGGGCGUCGCGAGCGUGCACAUGUUUGUGGAUGGCCUUUUCUCGGGCUCUACGUCGCAGCCUUUCAGGGUAGAUGCUCAGGGGCUCUCCCGGAUUACUCUUGAUAGGGUUUCAAAGGCGAUGCAGGUCAGCAGUUCGAACGUGAUGGUUGGCCUCGAGGGAAGAACUUCCCUCCUGUCCAACCUCAGCGCAGCCCUUAAGGCGAAUCCUCAAUUCUUCGGCGAAGACGAAAGACCAGGGAACAUUAUCGAUUUUCUUGAAAGGGAAUCAAGACUUGAGAAUGCGACUCGACACGUUCACAUAUCCUCGUUGUGGGCUGCUUUGAUCGAAGGUUUGACCCCAAUUUGGCCUGUAAGGUUAACCCUCGGUGGUAUUCCACUCGGAGACGUCUGGCCGUGUACGGCAUUGAAGCAACCCGGUCAAGCUGAGGGGGAUGAUUUAGUCCCAUUCCACAAGCUGACCGGGUGGCUCACGUACAGCCUCAUGGAGCCCAUAGAAAAGAUCCUUGGGUGGAAGUUCGAUGGAGUAGAAGAUCUGACAGGAUUGCCAGAAUAUCGCAACGGAGGCUUGUUAGUUGACUUUGGCGUCUUGACCCUUCGCCCAACCGUUUUACCUUCAGAGUGUUAUGCGCAUGGGAGCGACAUCCCUCGGUUGAAACCCUCUCACCCUGUUGUUGUCGAAUGGAGAGCCAUGACCGUCAUAGAGCUAGAUCGCAUUGCCGAUAGCAUUAGGCGUAAAUACAAGCUGGGCAAGGACCAGUUAACACUUGCGCAGGUACUGGAGAGCGCGACAUGGAAGGGUGGGCGGGAAAUAGCUAAGAAGCUCCGACCUGCCACAGGGGGACCCCCAAUCGAAAUCGAGAGCGACGGGACAGUGUUCUAACCUCAACUCGAUCGAUGACGGAGCACUAAAUGUGACAGAGUGAAGUAACUUUGGGUGCUCGUGAGACGGCGUGUACAGUGGA